AUGACAGAAGAAGGACAAGGAGACUUAAGAGAGCAGGAUAGAUUUUUGCCGAUCGCCAAUAUUUCGAGGAUAAUGAAAAAAGCCUUGCCACCUUCACUCCCCCCCUUUAAAUUGGAACAAAAAAUUCUGUUCAAAUUUAAAUCAUUAUUUUAAAAUAUUUUAUAUUAAUUUUUUUUUCCAUAUAAAUUAAAUAAUUUAUGUUUAUGAAAAAUUAAUCCAUUUAGUGAGAAACUGUUUAAAUAUUUUUCCGUUAAAUAGGUAUAAACUAAUUUUAAAAAAUUAGUAUUUUACCUAUAAAAUUUUCCUAUUAUAGAAAAUUUGUUCAAAUUCUCAAAAGUUAUAUUUUAUUCCAAUUUAAAGAAGGCGGAGUCAGCGAAAAUUAGUAAAGAUGCCAAGGAAUGCGUACAAGAAUGUGUAUCUGAGUUCAUCAGCUUUAUUACCAGCGAAGCUUGCGAGAAAUGCUUAAGCGAAAGAAGAAAAACAAUCAGCGGAGAUGAUCUGAUGUAUGCUAUGAAUACUCUGGGGUUUGAGAAAUAUAUUGAGCCUUUAAGAGUUUACUUGCAGAGAUACAGAGAUCUGUCCAAAGGGGAAAAAGGAGAAGAAGGAGGGAUCCCUCCAAUGCUAUUUCCUAAUACAAUUAAGGGAGAAGAGCAUGGGGAGGAAGAAGAAGAGGAAGAGGAAGAAGAAGAAAAAUCAGAUUAA